UUUUAUGUCUGCCACUGUCUGUCUGUCCAAAUAUGAUUGCCUCUUCGUUCGAAAUUGAACGAGUUGGUUUAAUCUUGUUCUAAAUAUCUAAUGAAUCUUAGUUUAGGAGAAUUGUUUCUCCCUCUAGUAAGUUGAGACACACUCCUUCAGAUCUGUAAUUUCCACCGUAAUAUCAAAAUUUCGAACCCUAAGCUGUGGCAAGGUAUUGAUAUCCAAAAGUGAUCUCCAGAUAAUUUGGUCUUCUUAGCCAUGAAUUCUAGAAGGGAGCGAAAUACUAGAGCUGCUCUUUUUGAUGGUAUUGAGGAAGGUGGUAUCAGGGCUUCAUCUUCUUAUUCCUCUCGUGAAAUUGAUGAACAAGAGAAUGACAGAGCAAUUGAUGGGUUGCAAGACCGAGUUAGUCUGCUGAAAAGAUUGUCAGGUGAUGUACAUGAGGAGGUCGAGGCUCAUAACAGUGUGCUGGACAGGAUGGGCAAUGACAUGGAUGCUUCAAGGGGAGUUUUAUCGGGAACCAUGGAUAAAUUUAAGAUGGUGUUCGAGACCAAAUCAAGCAGGAAUAUGUUUACGCUUGUGGCAUUGUUUGUGGUUAUUUUUCUCAUUAUCUACUAUCUCACCAGGUAAGUGGGGAUAAAAAUGCGAGAAACUCAGUAACUUCCUUUGGACCGGCGAUUUUUGUGACUGCUUCAUUGAUAGUCAUCAUCAGAAUGUAACAUGUCAUGACCUUGUAAUCUCUAUGAAGGGACUCUCAUGCAACUUGCACUUGAAUAUAUGGGACGGUUAGCAAUU